UUCUCUGUGUAGCUUUGCGCCUGUCCUGGAACUCACUUGGUAGCCCAGGCUGGCCUCGAACUCACAGAGAUCCGCCUGGCUCUGCCUCCCGAGUGCUGGGAUUAAAGGCGUGCGCCACCACCGCCCGGCCUUUUUUUUUUUUUUUUUUUUAUUAACCUAAAGCAAACAAUACUCGGUCAUCUAUUGUCUUGGUGGACUCACAAGGCUUUGCCUAGUAGUUUAAAUCAUAGGGUUCCCACAUCACUGGCUUUAAAUUCGAGUCUUAAAUUUAAACCAAUCUCUUCCAGCUAGGUCUAGGACCUUGUUGGGAUGUGUAAUAGUUAUCCUGACUGUCUGGCUUGGUGCAGCUAGCUACCUGUUUGAUUAUCUAUCUCCUUUCUCACUGCCAAGGCGUGGGUCAAGCAGGACCUGUGCAGAGUUUUUUGUUGUUGCUUAUUCUUUUGGAGAUGAGGUCCCACUGCAUAGCCUCGGCUGGCCUUGAACUCCAGAUCUUCAUGUCCUGUCUCUCCCAAGGGCUGGAAUUAUACAUGUACACCCUUAGGCUUGGCUAGGUCCUGUAGGAUUUCUUGUGUCACUUUCCUGGGGCCUCAAGAGACCUGUGGCUGCCUUGAGAGAUAUAGUCAGAACAGGCCAGGUUGUGGUUCUGGACCAGGGAUUGGGGGUUACUGAGAAAUUGCUCAGGGUGGCCAUUGGUGUGGCUGCCAGUGACAGGUGCUGAGUAUGGCCUGAGCAAGUCACUGCUAGUCACUACUGCUGAAAUCUGAGGUGGUUUCAUUUUCUAAUAGAAGACCAGGCAGAACUGAGGUACACUCUGGUGUGGCCCUGGCCCAGGUUCAAGAAUAGCCCCAUUCUAGUGGAAUGUGGUAUUUGUUCUUUGUUCCAUCUUCACGAAUACAAUUUGGUUUUUUUGGUUUUGGUUUUGGUUUUUUUGUUUUGUUUUGUUUUGAGACAGGGUCUCACUUUAGCCCAGGAAGGCUUUGAACUUGAGGCAAGCUUAAUGCCUCACCCUCUUGAGUUUUGGGAUUAUAGAUGUUAGAUGUGAGCCACACCCAACUUCAGAAACAUUUUGAGUCAGAAAACUGUGAUGUUCCAUAGUAAAUGAUUAGCUUAUCUCCUCCUCCAGUAAAAUGACUCAGGUCAGAGGUAGAUCCCAAACAGACCAUCUAUACACUGUGCUGUCUUCUGGGUGUGGUGAGGGGGUCCCAGCUUGCAGAGUGGGGGUGGGGUAACACUGAGUGUCUCUGCUCACACAUGCAUGCACAUACACACUGAGGCAAGCCUGUGUUAAUAAUCCACACCACACAUGGAAUAGGAACUGAGGUGCAAGCUGUGGCCACCUGUCUGGGACAUCACUCUCUGCCUGUUUCCUUGCCUGCCGUGAAUCCUAAGCCUCCGUCCACUCCAGCUGCCUUAGCCAGCCUCCCUAGUUCUUUCUGGGCCCCGUGAACCAACCUGUCCAUCUGCUGUGUGUCUCAGAGCCUGCACUGGGGGUGUGUACUAAGAUCAACCUGCAGAAGGCAGAAAGAACUCCUCGUUUUAUGACAACGGUCUGAGGUCAGCCUUAAUGUCGAAAGGACUGUCGCCGGCUGUGGGGACAAGGGUGGGAGGCUGUGUCGUUGCUGCUGUGAUUCCUCAUUGCUGCUCUUCCUGCACAUUGGGGCUGGGCAGUGGAGACCUGAGAAGCUGUGACUUCAUCAUUCCAUUUAGAAGUGAGACCAAGGCCCGAACGGGUCUCUGCCACUCACAGGGGAGAUGACAUGAGAUGGCUUGUAGGUCCAGCUCAGAGCUCUACCUGACUUGUCUGAGAGUCUCACCUAUAUGCUGAAUCCUAAAUAAUAGAGGUAUUUAGGGAGGUAGGGGUGGGUGGGCAGGCCCUGAGGGGUUGCGCAGGCACCUUUGACCCUGUUCUGAGCCCAGGGAACCACUAGAGGUCAACUCUCAGCUCACUCCUCCCUGUGCAUGGCAGUCUACCUGCCUUGGUCUGUGUUAACACCGUGGUUUCCUGGCAGUUUGAACCCUUCCUGCUAACAGAGGUUACCCAGGUCUUCUGUCCAUUCUGAGCCAUCCUAAGCUGGAUCCCUGGGCUGGAAGAGCUCAGCCAGCAGGAGGAGCUCCACAUCCCCCCCAGCUCACCAGCUACAGCUCAUUCCAACCUCUCUAAGUUCACACUGUGCUCUAGAAUGGCCCGGGCUGCCAUUCCCACCGGUACCCUGCCCAUGGAUGAGACUUGUCCACUGGUGGUCUCCAACAUGGUAAGGCGACCCCUCAAGUUGAGGUGCUGUCCUGUGUCAGCAGCUCGGGAGGCACUAGGCCUGGCUAGUGCGAAGCAGUUGAGCCAUACUGGGGCUGGUCACUGAGUCACCAUUUCAAGCUUGGAUCCCUAAGACCAGCCUGCUUAUUCUCACCUUCUUUGGAGUAAGAACCCCUGGAGCAUGUUUCAGGUUCUCUUGGCUCUGUGGUCCCUCUAGUCUUGGCAAGGCACUCUUCAUUGGCCACUUAGGUUCCUGGGAUGUGCCAGGUUCUGGCCUUCUGUAAGGACCUAGAGAAUCAUACCUGUUCCUGGAAGCCCUGAGGGUGCUUAUCAAGACAUUAUGUCCAGCAGGUGUGGUCUGGUCUGGUCUUAGGAAGUGAGAUGCUGUCUGGAACUCUCAGGCCUUUGCAGGGUUCUUGACCAGGAAGUGCUGUUCCCAGGGGCGUUUGAACAGACUGGGCUGUUUCUGAAUGUCACAGAACUGGGAUGUUGGUGGCUUCAAGGUUGCUCGAAGGCCUGUAACCAGGAGGGGCAGUUUAUGGAGGGAUGACACGUCAUACUCUUGCUGAGACUCUCUGUUCUUGGUAUAUCCUGGAAUGUCUUGCUGGGGACUGAUGCUAGUUGGCUCUGGAGGUACAGUGUUUUCCAGAAGGCCCUGUACCCAGAGAUGGGUUCCAGAAUUUUGCCAAGUUGGGGACCCAAGGUUCACAGAGAGCAGAACUAUACUCAGGGCCAUGGGAGGUUCCUGGCAUCAGGGACAUUACAGUAAGAAUGUAGAGUGCUUUGUGAGCAGAGACAAUGUUGACGAACUUCCAUCCGAGGUAGGCUGAAAGCUUGGCUCUUCCGACUUGGGUUUGGGUGGGGUUUCUCCCUGUUCUUUCCCCCACUGCCCACCAUUCCCCACUCCUCACUGUUUUUCACCAGUGUAGGCCUGGCCUCCAGCCCCUGGGGCAAGCCUGACCUGAAGUCCUUUUUUCAGCGGGGGCUCCAAAGAUCAUUAUUUCUAUCUCAGCCAGGAAAUCAAGUAGGACAUGUUACAUCUCAGGAAAGGCCACGAGGUGGACAGAGACCCCCCUCACAUGGGACAUGUAUGAAACAUACAACAAAAAUGUCUAAUAGCUAGUGUGGGGCCUGUUACUGUGUAGCCACUGCCAAUGCCCCUCUGAAGGGACACUGGCAUGGGGCCACGGGCAGCACUGCCUGCGCCCUCCGCAGAUAGGAGUGGCUUGGGGGGUGGCGGUGUCUAAAGGGGCUGGUUGCCAUGGCUACCAUAGGGUUCUGAGGCCCGUCAUCUGGUCCCUGCCUCAGCCAAUAGGCGGCAGGAGCCUGAGCUGCAGCCUAGAGUCACGCUUCUGCCUCCCAGCCACACAGUGGCCAAGAGCAGGGACCCGCUUCCUGGAGUGGCUGAAAGUGCUCGGACGGACAGCCAAGCCCAUCAUGGCGGACAGCGGGACAGUGGGGCGCAAUCAGGCACUUGGAGCCAGGCAGGUGAGGUAAGCCAGGCGGGUGGCCAGAUGGAUGGAAGAAUGGGUGGACAGGUGGAUGUCGGUGGUCCUUGUAGCCCAUUGUUCUUGUGGUUGUGGCCGUGCCCUCAGCCCACCCCACCCUCAGCACACACACACUCUCCCACCGAACCUUCACUUUGGAUCCUCACCCCACAUGGUCCGUAGAAGGGUCAAGGGAGGAGACAAAAGAAAGACUAUGAGCAGAAUGGAGCCACACCACACCACCACGGGCCCGAAAACCGCCUUGGUUGGUCUCUCAUGUCAGAUUCUACACAGAGGCGGCUUCAAAGACCCCCUGACUAGCCCAGGCCCUUGGUGUCCUGACCACCAUGCCUGGGCUCGGCGACAAGCCGCCUCAAAUCGGCACGGUUUAAGGAGCAUUUUUUUUUUCAAUAAGGGGGGAAAAAAAGAAGCAACAGAAAAAAAAUGUCCACCUAUAACAGGGGGAGCAGCCAGCCCAGAUAGAUCAGAAGCGCCAAAUCCCAUUACUCGGGACUUCAGAGCACAGCCCUGCACAGGCAGCUGCGAUUAAGAGCUUGUCAAUGGAGUCCCCUUCGGAGAUCAAAGGGGCAUGCCUGUGAGUGUGUGUGUGUGUGUGUGUGUGUGUGUGUGUGUGUGUGUGUACAUGUGUGUGCAUAUGUGUGUAGGAGCACAUGCUGUGGGGUGACAGUGGAGGGGCCGUGUGCCACAGCACAGAAGAGCCUGGUGUAUCACCUGCCUCCUGUGGCCACCCUCCAUGUUGCUUCUGUCCUUGCUGCUAUGUGUGACAUGCGUGCAUGCAUUGGGGGCCAGGCUGGGCACAGGAGAGGGCUGGUCCCCAAUAUAUCCUCUGGAAGGCAGUCCUGGCUAGACCUAGUUCCCAUUUCUGGGCCUUUUACUUGCAUCCUGUCCCUUCCCCAGAGUCUACCCCGAGGAGCCUGUAGGAACUGGGAAGGCAUACUGGGCCAUGGGCAAUGCUAGGUGUGAGGAUGGGCUGUGUCUGUGUAUAUAACUACUGCAACCAGGUCCUGCUGUCCAUAGGCCAUGAGCUCUCAGCUGGCCUGGUAAAUGCAUCCUGGGGGUUGAAAGCUGCUGUCGAUGUGAUUGGUAGGUUGUUAGGUAAACUCUGAGAAGCAAAUCUUUUAAUCCACUGUGGCUAAUCCAGUGCACUUUUGUUUGCCAAGACAGAUUCUGCAGCAACAAAGGGGCUGGAGGGACCCCAGCAUACAUAAUCACAUACUUAGAACUUGGCCGCGGCUGCCCACAGGGUUCCUAGGCAGCAGAGAGAGACAUCUCAGGACAGCAGUGGAGUGGGUGGGUAGUUGGAGGAGGGGCCUAAGUGGGCUGAAGGUGUGGGCCAGUAGCCUCACUAGGUGAUACUUUUUCACCUGCCAGGAUGUCCCCUGGCCACCUGCUGGAUGGGUGGCUGUCAGUCACUGGAACUGUGCAAGUUUGUGGGGACAACUGAGCUGAGUCAGACAGAAGAAAAACCAAUACCCAAGGCAGGGUGCAAGAGUGCCUGGGACGCAGAGAGGCUUGCGAAGAUGUAAUGGGAAGCUCAGAGGGAUGAAACAUGACAUCAGGGAGGGAGCAGAAGGAGGAAGGUGACAGGGCAGCAGGAGGGCAGGUGUGCCCAGUAUAGGAAGAGGAAGUGGCCUGAGGCUGUAUGAGGAAGUAUGAAUGAACACCCUCAGAUUAUCUUCAGGGCCUGGCACACUCACGAGGGAGAACAUUACCUAGUCUGGGAAAAUGGUGCUGAGGUUAGGGAGCACCAGGCUCCUUCCUCUUUCUAAGAUGUAUACUAGGUCAUAACCAUGGACUUUCUCCAGCUGCCCAAUUUUGUCCAUGCAGAGUUGUGCAUGGAGCACUGAGGGGUCCUCAUUUUGUCAAGGACAUUCUACUCAGACACAGUAGGUAAUCAGGUCUCCAGAGUGACUGGUGUCAUUCCCUCUUGUUCCUGAAGUUCCCUGGUUGGGGGAGGUGUUGGGCUUGGUGGCAGGCUGCCUUCCCCUACUGGGUCCUAGGGCUGGGAUAUCAAGAAGAGCUAACUUAGACUUCCCACCCUCCAUGCCUGACUGCUGACCCUAAUCUACUUGCCUGUUACCUUGGUGUCUACAUUCCCUUUUUCCCAGAUGUCCCCAGACAAGUCCUGAGGUGCUAGAGCUCUUCAGAACAGCAGUGUGAUGACUCCCCUUAAGACAGUAGGGAGUCAGAUCCCAAUAAGAUGUGGAUAGUAUCCUGGGAGGGGUUUACUUCUUGGGGUCCACUUAUGUGAAGAACUGGCCCAGCACCACCUUCAUGCCUGUUUCCACUACUUUCCUGCCUUACUGGUUCUUGACUCCUGGAAGCUGCCAGGGAAAUGGUGUGCUGGGCCAGGUCUGCUGGAUGGAGGACAUGGCUGUGGGUACCUCUGGAGUCUAACCCAGAGGGCACAAGCAGUGACCACAUUGCCCAUCUCUGAAGAGACCAUGCUAGCAAGGCCGAGUAAUUCAUUCUCUACUCAUCUGGGGAUGGGUGCUCCUUACCUGGGAGGGGAGGGCAGAUAUUCAGCUGAAAUAGCAUUCUGAGCAGGAGCCAUCAGAACCUUCCAUUGCAAUGGUGGCUGGCAUAUAACCCAUUAUUUAGUGUGUCAACAGUGGUUAACACUGAAGCCAUGUUGAACCAUAUCAUUUAGGACAUUUGUGCUCCUGUUGGGCAAAAUGCAAACAGCAGGAGUAAGGCAACAUGCCAGCUCAGAACUCUCAUCACCAGGAGUGAUACAAGAGGAGGAAGAACUUGGGGCCAGCAAAGUGGCUCAGCAGGUAAAGGAGCUUGCUGCUGAUACUGAUGGCCAGAGUUCAAUUCCCAGGACCUACAUGUGGAAGAAGAAAACCCAAAGUUGUACUUUGACUUCUACAUAUGGGCCCUGUCCAUCUUAUGCAUACACACCAUAAACAAACAAACAAGUCAAGGGUCAUGCCAGAGUUAAGGCUUCCUGAGGCCCUGGACUAGAAUGAGCACAGGAACACACAGCUAAUGCUGCCCAUGAGCAGUUGCAUCCUCCAGGGGCUCACUUGGCAAUUAUGUUGUUCCUAUGGCUUAUUAUACAUUGAUGUCAACUGGAAGGUGGCAGCCACUGCAGAGUUGAGGCUUCCAUGUGAUUGUAAUGGUAAUGUUACUGUAGCACAUCCAUGAAAAAUACAGAAUGAAGAAAAACUCAUGCUGGGCAUACUGGCACCUUCACUCCUGUGUUUCUAGCACUUGGAAAGCUUGGGCAGAAGAAUCACAAGUUCAAGGCCAGCCUGAGCUAUACAGCGAGACUCUUUUGGACGGGAUAUGGGGGGAACCCUUUGAUAAUUCUGCUUCCUACCAGGGGCCUGUUUGAGUCUUCUUUGAUAGGCUCUUAUUCCUCCUGCCUUCAUAGAUACAUGUUAUGUGACACAAAAAUUGGCAUCUGUAUUUGUGGCAUUGUGGCUUUGCUCCUCAUGGCUGUGUCUCAAACUCCUUGCCCUCCAUUAGGCAGAGAGGCCCUGGCCACCCCACCUCCACCCUCAGACUCCCAACCCCAAUCUUAGAAAUGGUGGAAAAAAGAUGUGUGGGAUGAGGCAGAGGCCAGGAUUGGGCUUAUGGCAGGAAAGCCGCUGACCAACAAGAGAGGGAACUGGGCCACCCAAGUCCUGAGUAUUCUGAGCCACUUUGGGUAUAGAUGCCUUGUUCCAGAACUGGACAUAAACCAUUUAAGACCACAAGUCUUCCCUCUCUCCUGAGAACUCAGUUGCCACCCACCACUACCUGCUCUACCUUUGCACUGGGUGGGGGGAGGGACAGACAACCAGAAACUAGCUGAGCCUGAGACUCCCUCCCCUCUUCCCCCAGAAUUGGGGAUGGUCCCUUCUUGUCCUUUCUUCCUGAGCUGGGGCAUGGACAGUGGCCAUUCAUUUCUGUAGUUGGCCUUGUGCUGUGGAUUUUCCUAGGUGCACCACUGGGCCAGACCCUCUGUAACACACAUGCCAGGGGGUGCCAGAUGACUUACUUUAUCACUUUUCAUGAAUGAACUUCCUCAGUCAUAGGGACAAAUAAAGGCUUCAAAAAACACUUCAAGUCUUUUUAUGUCUACAUUGAAGAAAAUGAUUUCUGCUUCUGAGUUUGUUUAUUUUAAACCCUCUUUGGUUCCUGGGAAGAAGCCCAAGCAAAUGUCAUGGAAGUUAAAGCUGCUAGUGGCGAUUCUGGGUGAAGCAAAGCACGGUAUUGCUUUUGUAUUUUAAUGCCCCGUGUAUAGGAGGGUACCUGUCUCUCAGAAGCAAGGUUCCCAAGUGCUGUCCUUUCCCCUCACUGCAGGAAUUCCCCCAAGAUCUCUAUAAUGUAGCCCUUGGUGGAGUUCCCUCCUCUGGUCUGCCUUCCCCAAUUUCCACCCUCUAUUUGGAAUUCUUCCCCCAUGGCCACCCCACAGCCCACCUUAGCAGGCUGUUGCAUUUCCUCCAGGCUUCCUGAUUCCCUUCCUGUCCCUGCAGGGCAGGGGCCCCGAGGAGCUGGAGGCCCGAGGGUCCUAUUCUGGUCCCAGGGCUUGGGGAUACCCACCACCGUGGGCUAGCAGGAGGAUGGACGUGGACUUGAUCCCGAGAGCCUGGCCUGGCCGCAGCAGCAGCUCUACAGAAUCAAGGACAGAUUGAUUCCCUUGGGAGCUCUAAGUACUGAGGUAUUAGGGUGCAGCGCUCAUUGUUCACUGACGCAGAGUCCCAAAAUGAAUGUCCAGGAGCAGGGUUUCCCCUUGGACCUCGGAACAAGUUUCACCGAAGAUGCCCCCCGGCCCCCAGUGCCUGGAGAAGAGGGAGAACUGGUAUCUACUGAUUCAAGGCCUGUCAACCACAAUUACUGCUCUGGGAAAGGUGCCAGCACUAAAAGUGAGACCUCGACAGCUACCCCAAGACGUUCAGAUCUGGAUCUGGGAUAUGAGCCUGAGGGCAGUGCCUCCCCCACCCCACCAUACUUGAGGUGGGCUGAGUCACUGCAUUCCUUACUGGAUGACCAAGAUGGGAUCAGCCUGUUCAGGACCUUCCUGAAGCAGGAGGGCUGUGCUGACCUGCUGGACUUCUGGUUUGCCUGCAGUGGCUUCAGGAAGCUUGAGCCCUGUGACUCAAAUGAGGAGAAGAGGCUGAAGCUGGCAAGAGCCAUCUACCGAAAGUACAUCCUGGAUAGCAAUGGUAUUGUGUCCAGACAAACUAAGCCAGCCACUAAGAGCUUCAUAAAGGACUGUGUUAUGAAGCAGCAGAUCGAUCCUGCCAUGUUUGACCAGGCACAGACAGAAAUCCAGUCCACCAUGGAAGAGAAUACCUACCCUUCCUUCCUUAAGUCUGACAUUUAUUUGGAAUACACAAGGACAGGCUCAGAGAGUCCGAAGGUUUGCAGUGACCAGAGCUCAGGGUCUGGGACAGGGAAGGGCAUGUCUGGAUAUUUACCCACUUUGAAUGAAGAUGAAGAAUGGAAAUGUGACCAAGAUGCAGAUGAGGAUGAUGGCCGAGACUCUGUCCCCCCCAGCAGGCUCACCCAGAAGCUGCUAUUGGAGACUGCUGCCCCGAGGGCCCCCUCAAGUAGACGGUACAGCGAAGGCAGAGAGCUCAGGUAUGGAUCUUGGAGGGAGCCCGUCAACCCUUACUAUGUCAACUCUGGCUAUGCCCUGGCCCCAGCCACCAGCGCCAAUGACAGUGAACAGCAGAGCCUGUCCAGUGAUGCUGACACCCUAUCCCUUACGGACAGUAGUGUGGAUGGAAUCCCUCCAUACAGGAUCCGUAAGCAGCACCGGAGGGAGAUGCAGGAGAGUGUCCAAGUCAACGGGCGGGUGCCUCUACCUCACAUUCCUCGCACUUACCGAAUGCCAAAGGAGAUCCGGGUAGAACCACAGAAAUUUGCUGAAGAGCUUAUUCACCGUCUAGAGGCUGUCCAGCGCACUCGAGAGGCUGAAGAGAAGCUGGAGGAACGGCUGAAGCGUGUACGGAUGGAAGAAGAAGGGGAGGAUGGUGAACUGCCUUCUGGCCCCAUGGCAAGUCACAAGCUGCCUUCUGUCCCAGCCUGGCACCAUUUCCCACCCCGCUAUGUGGAUAUGGGCUGCUCCGGACUGCGGGAUGCUCAUGAGGAGAAUCCUGAGAGCAUCCUGGAUGAGCAUGUGCAAAGGGUCAUGAGGACACCUGGCUGCCAGUCACCUGGUCCAGGCCACCGCUCUCCUGACAGUGGGCAUGUAGCCAAGACUGCAGUACUAGGGGGUGUAGCCUCCGGGCAUGGGAAGCACGUUCCUAAGUUGGGGUUGAAGCUGGAUACAGCUGGCCUGCACCACCAUAGGCACGUCCACCACCAUGUUCACCAUAAUUCAGCUAGACCCAAGGAGCAAAUGGAGGCUGAAGCUGCCCGCAGGGUCCAGAGCAGCUUCUCUUGGGGCCCAGAAGCACAUGGUCAUGCCAAGCCCCGCAGCUAUUCAGAGAGCACAGGCACUACCCCCAGUUCUGGGGACUUGGCCUUUGGUGGUAAAGCUAGUGCACCCUCCAAAAGAAACACCAAGAAGGCUGAAUCUGGGAAGAAUGCCAGUGCCGAGGUACCCAAUACCACAGAGGAUGCAGAGAAGAACCAGAAGAUCAUGCAGUGGAUCAUUGAGGGUGAGAAGGAGAUCAGCAGACACCGGAAGACAGGCCACGGGUCUUCUGGGAUGAGGAAGCAGCAGGCCCAUGAGAGCUCCAGGCCCUUGUCUAUUGAGCGUCCUGGGGCUGUGCACCCCUGGGUCAGUGCUCAGCUCCGGAACUCUGUCCAGCCUUCUCAUCUUUUCAUCCAAGAUCCCACAAUGCCUCCCAAUCCAGCCCCUAACCCUCUGACCCAGCUGGAAGAAGCCCGCAGGCGUUUAGAGGAAGAGGAGAAGAGAGCCAACAAGUUGCCCUCCAAGCAGAGGUAUGUGCAGGCAGUCAUGCAGCGGGGACGCACCUGUGUCAGGCCAGCAUGUGCACCGGUGCUGAGUGUGGUACCAGCCGUGUCGGACUUGGAACUCUCCGAGACAGAGACAAAAUCACAGAGAAAAGCAGGUGGCGGGAGUGCACCACCAUGUGACAGCAUUGUUGUGGCCUACUACUUCUGUGGGGAACCCAUCCCCUACCGGACCCUGGUGAGGGGCCGUGCUGUCACCCUGGGCCAGUUCAAGGAGCUGCUAACCAAGAAGGGGAGCUACAGAUACUACUUUAAGAAAGUGAGUGACGAGUUUGACUGUGGUGUGGUCUUUGAAGAAGUGCGGGAGGACGAGGCAGUCUUGCCUGUCUUUGAAGAGAAGAUCAUUGGCAAGGUGGAAAAGGUGGACUGAGCACUGGGCAGCACCCUCAGAGUGCACUAUCAUAAGGUGCACAGGCAUCAGCCAGUGGGCAGCCUUGUCCUCGGGAGCCUGAUGUGGGCAACAGCAUAGGAUUGUGUCACAAGCUCUUGUGGGGGGGAGGGCUCAGGUGUCUGCCAUACCUCUGUCCCUCUGUGUCUGGGAAAGGAGGGGGGUUCCUACUGAGUGGUUCCAUGGGUUUCUCUGUUUUGCUUUUCAAAAGGAAAGCCCUACCUACCCCCACAUUACCCCCUGAAGCAAUACCAGGAGCCAUCUCAUGACCCUCAGCAGCUCUUGCUUUUGAAUGCCGACUGACCCAGGGAUACCUUUACCUGGGCUUGUAUCCCAGUGUCCUCUUCUCCCUCUGGGACCUAUCUACUGCACCUGGUUGGGCUCAGGCCCAGGAGCAGGGGAUCCUGUGGGGGCCUCUGUCUAUUGUACAUGUCACACCGAGUGCCUUCAACAUAGCUGUCUCUUGCCUGCCACUGUGUGAAUCUGGCGGCUGAGUACCUCAGGCCCCUUUGCCUGUCUCCAGCCACCAGCUUGGUUCAGCAGGGUGGUGGGGGGUCUGGUCCCUUCUAAGUGUCCAUGUAAAUAUGUAUAUUUCUCAGGCCAGGGCCAGCAGGGGGUACCCUGAGCCCAUUUUUCAUGCGAUGACUUGUACAAUUAUCUUUUCAAAGGUACUUGGAUAAUAAUGAAAUAAAACAGUUUUUGAACCUGC